CUUGAGGAAACUGCCUUUAACCAGCUUUGGUCUCUUCCUCUCUCCUCCUUCGUUCCUCAUCCCCUUCCGCAUCACCACUCGUCAUGCCAGGCGUCCUUCUCUGGCGCGUUGCCAGGCAUCUUGCCGCUACUGCCGUCACCACGUCGUCCACCGUACGGCGAGCCUCCGAGACUGACAGCAAUGACAUUCUCUCCUUGCUCGCCCAGCUCCCCUUGCCAGACAACUUCUGGCUGUGGGCUGUGUUGUUGAUCCUCAAUCUUCUCUAUAUUGUGCCCCUGUGCAUCUACCUGUCUUACGCAGUCAACAAUCUGUGGCCGCUGCUUUGUAUCGUCGAGUCCAGUGCCCCUUCAGCAUACGAGCGCAUUGCCCUAGCGGAUAUCGAGGAGGAGGAUGGCCAUGCAAAGGACAGCCCCGCCCUGGAGGCUGGCCACGAUCACGACGACGACAGCAACGACGACAGCAAUGGCAGCCACCCGUUACACGUCACAGACUCCGUCCGCGCCCUGAAUAGGAGGCUCUACUCCAUCGCCGGGUGGUUCUCUCUUCUCCGUGGCUUGCGACCGCACAUGCUCUUCAACUUCGCUUGCCUUGUCAUCUCGAGCCUGCUGGCUUGCAUCCCCUUCAUGCCAAGCGUGCUCGCGGUCGCUCUUGCGCCCCUCUUGACCGUUCAGCUUUAUACCACAUGGGUGCACAUCGCCAUCUCGGCGCCUCGUCACGACUCUCUCUUCCAACGCUUGCCACCAUUCAAGCAAUGUUUUCGGAUAACAGCACUGCCAACCCUCGUCCUUUGGUUGGCAGUCGCCUUCUCGCAGCAAGCGCCGUGGCUGGUAUUAUCCGCCCUAGAUCCAGGAAUGGCAGACCUGACGGGCACGGACGUGACUGAGCUCCAAGUUUGGAGUGGCAGUGCUCAAAGCUUUCUGGUUCUUGCUGCUGUAGCCUUGGCCUACUUCUUGCCAUCUAUCUUGCUCGUCGUUCCAGCGCAUAUGGUUCUCACACGCGUGCAAGCGUCGAUGCUGCCACCGAAUGAUGUUCCCAUUGUGAAUAUGGAUGAGCAGCUCCGACCGCACCAUGAAAACAACAAGGAAGCCAAAAGCGGUCUUUGGCAAGGAGUAUCAAUGCUUGAAGCAUGGCAGUCAUUCCCAUAUUCGAGCUGGAUACGACUCGUCAAGAUGUACGGCAAGAUGCUCCUCGUCACGGUCGUUGCAGAGUUGUUCAUGGCUGCAGCCUUAAUUGUACAGUUCAUGCUUCUCUUACCUGGAAGUGGCUUAGAACUUGGUCCGCCGAGUUUGGCCUCUCCUUCUACGACAAGGUCUUGAGUUCGCAACGGCUACGCGCGCUCGUCGUCUAUUUUGCAUCUAGAUAGUUAGCCUGAAAUUGAACAAUUGUAAUUCAUUAACUUAUGG